AUGGAGGCAGUGAGCGUGUUUGUCUCCCAUUUAAGAUCAGUGAUUGCAACUAUAAUCCAGCCCGAUAGAGACCUUAGAGUCAGAAAGACUGCAAGGGUAAAUAAAGGCAUUUACUUUGGAUACCCAUGUCGACGUCACAGCUGUUCUUUAGUUAACAUCCCAGCCCCAUGUGUCAACAAAAUUAUUUCACACAUUGAAGAUGUGGAGUCUAAAAUACAGAAACAUUUAAAACAGUUUGAAACUUCCUUUGAAGAAUGGAGCAGAACUUCUUCCAGGAAAGACAUGAAAGAAGAUUUGACUAUUGCCAUACCAGAGGAAGAGGUCAAACCAGAAGAAAAGAGAGAUGAAAAGUGUCCAGAGUUAAGGCAAGAAAUGGAAACACUGCUCUCAGAGGCCAUCCAUCUCAUUAGAAGUCUAGAAAGUGACCGGGCUGAAGCUGAGGAAGCUCUAAAACAUCAAAGGAUAAGAAGGAAAAAGGUUGGCCUGAAAAUUGAUGCCUGGUCUAUCUGGAAACUUCAAGAACUCCCGCUAGCUGUGCAGAAAGAACAUGAGGCCUAUGUGAAAGAUAUUAUAGAACUACAAUGGCAUCUAGAGGAUAAAAUUCGUGAAGCACAAUAUAUAGAGAAACAAAAGAUAAAGUUGGAAAAAGCCAAUGCAAAGAUUCAAAUGGACGUGGACUACCUGCGUAAACAUGUCCCCCUGCUGGAUGGCAAGCAUAAGCAGGAACUGGAAGCUCUGAGGGAAUGUUACCAAAAGAAAUUUGAGGUAAUGGAGCUGUGCAGAAAAACUCAUGGAGAUCUUGAAGAAGUUAUAGAGGAAUAUGAAAACACCAAAUUUAAGGCUAAACAAAUGAAAGAAGACUUUCAAAAAGAUAUUUGUAAUGAUGAAGCAAAAAUAGAUGGCUUCAGAAGAGAGUUAGAUAAACUCAGCAAUCUAUUUAAUCAUUACUUUACAUCAAUACAAAAUGUUAAUGUUAAUAUUGAGGAGCAUGAAGAAGAAGUGACUGAAGUAAUAAAGGAAACAAAGUCAUCAAGGAAUGAAGUAGCUGCUUUAUCCAUUGCGUUAGAUGAUUUGAAGAAAAUGUUUGAUCAACAAGGCUGGAAGCAAAAAAGUUAUGAACAACAGUAUCUGGAAGCACUUAAUAAAUUUUAUGCUGCCAAAAAAUCAUGGGCUAUUGAGAUUUCUAAUGUCACAAAAGAUCUUUCAGAGGUUUCAUUAGCAUGUACUCAACUGAUGGAAGAAAAAAGAAGACUUGAGAUUGAAAUUGACAAUGUGACAAAUCAAAUCAGUGACAGUAUAAGGAAAAAAGCAGAGCAUGAGUCUGAAAUCCAAUCUUUGUUGAAACUGAAGUCAAAAAAUAAUGAUUAUCUCAAACAGCUCUACAUGGAGGCUUAUCACAUCAGUGCUGUUUACCACCUCAUCAAACAUAAAACAGAAGAAUUAGAUGAUAAAAUAGCAGAAGUGAGAAGAAGAUUCAAGGGUAGAGAAGAAUUCUUGAAAAGGCUCAUUCGAGCUCAGGUGUCUGCUGGAAUGAUAAUUCAGAGACGACUGUUUUCCAUUCAAGAAUCUCAGAUAUUUGAGAGGCAAGAUCUUCAGCAAAGGAAAGCAAUAUAUAACCUAACCAUGGCAGGCAUGGAGGCACCUCUGUUGAAACUGGAAGAGGAUAUUGUAAGAAUCAGAAAUCUCCACAAAGAUCAAUCUAAUACACUUAAUGAUAUACUUGAGAGGAAAGCAUAUGUUAGAAGAAAGGUGGAAAAAACAAAGAAAAAUUUGAAGAAAAAGGGAAGAAGAACUCUUGAAGCACUGACAGAAACUGAGAAUAAAUGUUCAACAAUUUUUAAAGAAUUAGAGGAAACUAAAAGUAAAACCAUUGUUUAUCAUGCAAAGAUAGAUGAACUGAUUCAGGAAUUAGAAAGAAAAGAAGAGGAAAGGAAAUGUUUUGAACAGAUGCUAGACAAUUUAAAAGAAAUAUUUUUAACUGCGCAAUUUAAAAAGGAACAUGCACAAGCUGUGUUUGAUCAUUUCAUGCAAGAGAAAACACACUGUGAAGAGAGACUCUUUGAGGAAGAGCAGAGAUUUAGAAAGCUCUUUGCCAUGAGGCAAAAUACUCUGGAACACAUGAAAGAAAUGCAAGAAAAACUACUGGAAGAAAAUUUACGUUUAGCUCAAGAGUAUCAGCAUGUACAGACUGUUUUCUUAACAGAAAAGGAAAAUUAUUUCACUGGAUAUGAUAAACAGCUUUCACUUGAUGCUUCAAUUCGAGAUAAGAAACAGCUCUGUGUGCUGCAGAAAAGGAUGCACUGGCUGUGGAAGGAGCACUUGAGGCUGGUGGUCUUCUACAGCCAGAGGAGGCUGGCCAACUUCCAGACAGACUCUCAGGAGAGCAUUCAGAAAAUAUUAGCUGUGCAGGAGGAAUCUUCAAAUUUAAUGCAGCACAUUUUAGGCUUCUUCCAGACUUUGACAGAUGGCCCAUGUGAAAACGAUGGUUAA